AUGGCUCGCCGUCUCACCAAAGAGCUCACUGAGUUGACGCAGAAUCCACCGGAUUGGUGCAAGGUCAGCACUGCGGAAGACAAUCUCAUGCACUGGCAGGCCGUGCUUACUGGCCCUGAGAACUCGCCGUACGAGGGUGGCGUCUUCAACUUGGACAUGCAGUUCCCUAGUGAAUAUCCAUUCAAAGCCCCUCGCGUACGCUUUGUCACGCGAGUGUACCAUCCAAACAUCAAGUCGCAGUCGGGCGAAAUCUGUGCUGACAUUAUCAGCCAGAACUGGACCCCGACACUCAACGCGCUUCAUUGUCUCACUGCAAUCAAGCAGGUCUUAGAGCAGCCGGAUAUGGACAAUCCGCUCGAGCCGGAGAUCGCCAAGCAAAUGCACGAGAACAAAGUGGAGUUUGAUAAGACAGCGAUGGAGUGGACCAAGCAAUAUGCGUGCUAG